UCUGCCUGUACGUCUAGCUAGCUCUAGUUACUAGACUAUGGCAAUGGAGAUGAUGACCAACACCACCAUCGUGCGGCUGCCCGCGUACAUGCGGGAGGCGAACAAAGGCCUCUUUGAGCCUAGGGUGAUCUCCAUUGGCCCCUAUCACCGCAGCAACGAGAGCACCCACGACAUGGAAGCUUACAAGGAGCGCUUCCUCCGGCAGUGUUUUGCCCCGCCUCUAGGUCAUAUGAAUCUUGAACAAUGCAUUCAAGACAUUGCUCGUAAUUCUCUUGCAGAAGCUCUCGAGAAUUAUAGUGGCAAUGUUGGCGACUACACCGCGGAGAUGCUCACCCUGGACGGGUGCUUCAUCAUUGAGCUCCUCAUCCGGUGGAACAUGGGAAGACUCAACCAUGACAGUUACGUGCGGUCGAUGCGGAACAGCAUAUACUACGACCUCCUCCUGGUCGAUAACCAGAUACCUUUCUUCAUUCUCUCUAGGCUUUUUCACAAGUUGAAGGGGGAUGAAGAGCUCGACAACGCCGAUGUUGAGAAUGAGUUGCUCACACUUGCUAAGAAAUUCUUCAACCACGAGGGUCAAUUCUCUUGGGCUAAGUCUCCAGGCCUGUUAGAUCUUUCUAAUGCAAGUGAGGUUCGUCAUUUGCUUGACCUUCAGUACAAGCUUAUCAUCAGCACCAAUGACACGACGAUUAGUAUUGACCAGACGGACAAUAGUUACCUGCGAGGAAUCCCUGGGGCAAAUGAGCUCGAAGACUAUGGUGUUAAAUUCUACCAGGAUGAGGAUGAACACACCAAAAUGUUUGACGUGAAAUUUGAGGGUACAAACAUGAUGAUCCCUCGCUUUGAAAUCAACUUUGGCUCCAAGAUACUAUUGGCAAACCUCUUCGCUUAUGACCAAUCAAGGGACAACGUACGACCUCAUCAAGGGGACCAAACUGAGGACCAACCGGACAACACAGUUGGACUCGUGACGAGCUAUGUGGUGCUCAUGAACGCUCUCAUCAACACCAAACGUGACGUCAUGGUUCUCCAGCGUGAGGGCAUCCUCGACAACCUGCUGUCAAGUGAGGAAGAGGUAGCAUCCUUCUUCAACAAUCUCGGCAGGUGUGCCUUGGUGGAUGUGACAAAGCAUCACUACACUACCAUGUUCAACAAUGUGAACAGGUACUGUAGGAACCCAUUCAGUCUUGGAAGGCACUUAGUGAUCUUACGCAGGAAGCAUUUCAGCAACCCGUGGACUUUCUUCUCUCUGGUGGGUGCACUUAUGCUCCUAGGCUUUUCAUUCACCUCCAUGCUCUUCACCAUCCUCAAGUAUAAACAUCGCUAG